AGCAGCUGGCGCCUUUUAUAUGACACAGGCACACAGGCAGGCAGUGUGGAUAGUAGACGGGCUUCUUAGGAGUGCGCGGUUAGGGCUGAACUUUGACCAAUCGCCUAUAGAUAUUUUGUUUUUAUAUUUUAUUACAGCCGCCCGGCUUAAACAGUGAUAUCAAUUUUAUAUGAAAGGGGCAACGUCCAAUCAGCGUGCGAUCUGGGAUUUAAUCCGAGCCGGAGUGGACGGUCUGGAGUCUUGCUGUUACUAGUGUUUUACACAACUACAAAUAUGAAGUGUGGACUUAAAACCCCAACAAAGUUGUCGCCUUCAAAAUCCAAGCAUGGCUCUAGUCCAACCAAGCAUGACUGUAGUCCAACCAAGCAUGAACAACCACCUUGUAAAGAAUAUGGAUCUCCUCAAAAACUGGACUGCUUGGAAACCAAUAUGGACCAAUUGUCUCCAACAAAGGUGGACAGCUUUAAACAAGACAGACCAGUCAACAACAAAGAGAACCUGUUACGCAGACUUGAAGCAGCUGAAGUGAACAAUAUAGAUUGUAGUCCUUUACAAGACAGUGGCUACGCUUCAAUACUGCACAAUGACUCUCAAAGCCAAGAUGAAGAUGAAGAAUUUAGCACCUCACGUCUUCCAUCAUUUGAGACACCAAAGCAACUUGGCUCACAGAGUGAGAAACCUGCAUCAGUAUGUUUAAAAAGCAUGUUGCCGGCGUUGCGUUUUGAGGAAGCAAUGUGUUCUACUUUGAAGAAAAGCAGCAAGGGAAGUCAUAGGUUUGAUUGGGAUGCUAUUGAAGAAGUUGCCUCCAGGGAAGCCUAUGGUCUUGAUAAGCUAAUUGGCAAAAAAAUGGGUUUGGAAAGAAUGGAUAUCCUUGGUGAACUUUUCAAACGAGAUUUCAAGCAUCUCCUCUGCAAUAUUUUAAGUCAUCUCAGUGCAAUGGAUUUAAUAAAUGUUAUCAGUGUGAGCUCAACAUGGAGGAAGAUUGUGCAGAGGGAUAGCUGGGCUUACAGCGUUUAUCAAAAGUGCCACAAAGAAAUAUGUGAAAAAGAAGCAAGGCAUGCUGAACAUACUGCAACACGUGAUUCUUCUCUGUUCCGGUUACCACUUGCCUCUGUUCAGAAAAUAGCCAGUGCUGCAUGUUGUGUUUCGAAGAAAAAGUGUAACAAAAAUAAACCCUCAACCCCACAUAGUCGACACAUUGAGUUUAAUGAGGUUGGAAAAACACUCAAUAAUGACAAAAGCCUUAAAGUUUGUAGAAACUGUGGUUCUCCUGCCAAGCUUGAUUCCUACCUACACAGAGCAAUCUGCACCCGGGAAAGCUGUCAGUUGGACUUUUGCACACUUUGCAACUGUGAAUAUCACUUUUCCAAAGACUGUAUGAGCGGUGUAAAACACAAUCAUAAAUACUUGUCACAACCUCUACCUGGAAGUAAAAAAAGCAAACAGAACUUAAGAAGGCUUUGAAUCGUACAAGCACUAAAAAGCAAACCAUGUGUUUAUUUUAUUACUUUGCAAUGAUCUAUUUGGGGCCAAGAGUGCUGGCUGUUAGCCUGUACUGCACAAUGCAGAUUUAAAAAGGUUUUUAGUAUUGGUAAGACUUUUAUAAAGUUUAUUUUAUAGGGAAAAUUAUUUUGAAAAGUUUUUAGAAAUUGUCUUCAUAAUUGUAUGACUAGCCCAAAUGUUUCUGAAAUUUGGAUAAAGUGGGGAAGGGUUAGCCCCCACCCCCAUCUGUGUACCAUUGGAGAAAUUCUUCACUUGCUGUCUCAGACACAACAAGAAGUUGGAGGAAACCUCUCAGUGUGGAAAAAUGAAAUCUGCCUAACUUGGGAAGUUAGGACAGUUGUCCCAAUUAGAAAAUAUCCCCUUGCCAAUUUUCUUUCUUGGCAACAAUGGCCACCAUACUAAUGGGGUUGAGUCUUCCCAAUGGGGACACGGCAUUUAAAAAAAAAAAAAAUGGCAAAGGGUCUAACACUUUUGCUUGCUAUCCAAAACAAAAAGGUUUUACUUAAAGUUACACUUUAAUUUUACCUGUGAGCUUGUGCACAGACCUUUUUGCUUGUGAUUUUAUGCAUCUUAAAUUGGGGCUAGAAUUUAAUUAGCAGCACCCUAUAUGGAGUUGGGCUUAUUUUUCUAAAUAUUGUAGCAUCUGUUAAGCUACUGCUCUAACAAAUACUUUUAUUGGUUUCUAAUGUCUGUCCCAGGCAUACAUUUUUAUUUUUAUUAAAUGUUCGGUUUACAAGUUUAACACAUUAAGUUACUGAAAUAUAAUAAAAACAAAAAAAAAA